AUGUCACCCGCAGUCACCGCCACGUCAGCCGCUAUGAACACCACGUCAGCCACCAUCCGAACCGCGUCAGAGCCCUGGGAGGAGGCCAUAAACUCGCAGCUCGCGGCGUGGUUCGACGACUCGCACUGGACGGACGAGCCGCCUUCCAUGACAGUUACCGUUGGGGACCACGGCCGCGGCCAGCUGGACGGCGUCGCGACCGUCGCGCUUCCCCCGGACGCGGUUUUCUCAAUCCUCUGCGAUCCGCACAACCGCCGCGUGCAUGACCCGCGCAACCGCCGCGUGUUCACGUUCAUAAAAUCCGUGAAGAACGAGCGCGUCGUGAGUGACUGUAACGGGGUGAGGGUGGUCGAGCUGGACAUAGUGUUCGCGCUCAAGGUGCCCUUCUUUACAGGCACGUUCGACGCGCACCUGCGCAACGUGCACGACCGCCCCAACCGCCGGGUGACCUUCUGUCUGUCGCGCCCCGGCUUCAUGCGCAAAUUCGAGGGAUUCUGGCAGUGCCAGCAGCAGCCCGGACUGCUUCCCUUUCCUUUACUAAGUCGCUGCCACGUAAAGAUCAUGGCUCCAACCUGGGGCUCCAUUGGCAGUGCCAGCAGCAGCCCGGACUGCUUCCCUUUCCGCACAGUACCGGCCCCCACCAUCACGAGCGUCAGGGGCGGCGCCAUGUGCGGCGGGUUAGGCGGGGACGGUACCGCGCGCGUGUCAGGCGGGUCAGGCGGGGAUGGUGUGGGUAUGCGUGUGGCGUCGCGGCUGGUGCUGCACCAGGUGGUGCAGCCGUCGCUAGCGCCGCCACCGAUGUUCCGACGCUGCGUGCACGCGCUGCUCAAGGCGGCGACACGCGACGUGCUCGUCGUUUUCCAGUACGAAGCCGCGCGCAUUCGGAACAGCAAGGGGAAUUUCCUCUGGAAAAUUGGGGCGGAAGCGGGCGCAGGGGAGGGGGAAGGAGGGAAGGGAAAGGUGGGGAAGUCCUCGAAGCUGGGAGCGCUGUUUCUGCACAAGGAGGCUCUUGGGGGGAAGAAAAGCGGGUUUGGCACGGGGAAGGGUGGGUUCGGGUUGAAGAAACCGGCGCAGCGGAAGUCGUGA